CUCAUCUUCAUUUAAGGGGUGAAAACAAGGAGCAGCCGUCCCACCUCCACCCCCGGCAAAAGACAACGGGUGGGGGCGUCCAGAAGCGCGGGUUCACACGAGCAGCGGCGGCGGCCGAGGGAAACACGCGUGUUGACUUUCUUAGAGCCGCGAGGGAGAGCCGGAACGAUGCGCACUGGCUUCGGUUGCCGUGUGAGGACGGACGGUCUCCUUUUGAGGGCGUGCCAAUGGAACGGAGGCGGAGAAGGGGGAAGGAGAAGCGUGUUGCCCCGAGCCGAAGUGGGCGAGGAUGGGCUGGAGAGGGCUUCCCGACCUUCUCCGGGCAGGUAGAAGAUGCUUUCUGCAGGUUCCAUUUGGUUCACCUUCACUUCAACCUUUAUAUCUUCUACUGUGUCACAAGAAGUCAACAUACGUCACACACCUGAAUUCUGCAUCAGCAGCUGAGAAUUUUAAGGAGACAAAACGUGCAAUAGAUGACUUGUAUUCUACCGAGCAGAAAUCUACUGUUUUGCAGCUACUAAAUUCAGCAUCCGAGAAAGAACUUAGUGCUGUGAAACUAAUGCGAGGAAGGAAGUCCAUGAACAUAAUAGAGUACAGGAACAAGCACGGGCCAUUUCGGAAUUUACAGUGCUUACUAGAAGUGCCUCUUUUUCAGUAUAAAACAGCUGUUAAAGUCUGCAACUUUAUUCUCAAUCCCAAUGCAAAAGAAGAAAGAAAAGAGAAAAAAAUACAGAGUGUCACGUCUGCAAUGAAAUAUAUCAAACCUGAUAUAGAAAGAGAGCGGCUAGAGACUGCCAAUAGCAUUGUAUCCGUUGUUUUUGGCACUCGCAAAAUUGCGUGGGCUCAUGUUAAUAGACGCUUGGCCGUUCAGGAUUGGCAGCAGCAGGAGUGCACUAUGUUUAUGAAAGGUGCUUAUAUGCCAGCCGUCUAUCUUGAAGAGAUUUCUUCAGUAAUAUCCCGGCUUCCUGAAGCAGAUUUUUAUGUCUUGGAAAAAAGCGGACUUCCUGCUCUGAAUGCAAAUCUGUUUCCAGUAACAUUACAUCUUCGUACAGUGGAAGCCAUGCUCUAUGCGUUGUUACAAAAAACAUUUUCGCAGGAUGGCCAGUACAAAGUAUUAAGUAUGGCCCGAAGUGCUGUAGGAAAGCACUUUGAGUUGAUGGUUGGGGACUCACGAACUAGUGGAAUAGACCUUGUGAAACAGUUUCUCUUAGAAUCUGUUACGCAUGCUGAGCCCCGUGUGAACUUUUCAAGAGAGCAGGUAGUAAAUUAUCGCAACGUCUUGUCAUCAAACAAACAGUGGAGGGAUGAAGAGCUGUGCGAUUCCUUGCUGCAGGCAAUAGCUUUUUAUGAGCUACUGAUACUGAACAAUACGACUUAGUUCUUAUCUUAUUCAGUUUUGUUAAUUGCUGUCAUGGAUGAUCUGUACAGUAAGUUCCAACUGAUUCACUGUAUAGGGGGUGCUGGACAGCACGUGGAAGACUGUGAUAGGAAAACAGCAUUUAAUUCCUGCUGACAUAAAAUUAUAUGUAGAAUAUAAUUUUGUAGAAUAAAAUUAUUAAAUGUGUAGAAACA